AUGAGUUCUAAUGUGACCGAAGGCUGUUAUGAUCCAGGCAGUUACGUGAGUAAGUCUGCCUUAGUCCUGGAAGCCGUGUCCUUCGUCAUUCACUUCUUGGUGUCUGUGGCCAUGGUCUGCUUAGUUUGCUGUACUGAGUGUGAUGGAGGCGGUGCGACCGGAUGGUUUGGAUUAAGCUUGGUUUUGUUUCCAGUGGCCGGUAUACUGUCGUUAGUUGGGUGUACUAAGAUGUCAGACAUUGAUAUAUCAGACUACACCUACGGCAGCUCCUACAAUUUGUGCCUUGCAAGUGGUAUAUACGUCAUGAUCCUGUUUUCUUUCGCAUGCUGCGCUUGUUGCUGUUCGGGGAGUGAUGACGAUGAUGGCGGUAGUGUUAACCGUCCAAAAACUACUGUGGCCACCACGCCCUCUAGUGGACAGGUCCUGAGUACGUAUACUGGUACCACCACAGAACAUGUGGGCGUGGCUGUUUCGGAGCACCAGGAAGUCCACGUGUCCAAUGGAAUGGUAUUUGUUCGGAAAAUGAGAGUGAUGAACGUCGUCCGUUUCAUGCGAUAAGAGACAGCCAUAAACGUUUACUGACUCUGGUCAUCAGAUGUGUGUUGUUAAAAUCUUAACAAAUAAUUUGGCAAUAACCAAUUGCAAUAAACCAUUCAUUUGUAAAAAAAAAAAAAAAAAAAAACUAUGAUAUAUGCAUUUGAAAUAUUAUGAUCACUUCGGUUGUAAUGUAGCACUUCCGGUGUAAUCAAGCAUUUAUAAACAGUUGUAUGUGUCGCUACAGUAUUCAUGUAAAUAAUGUUUGAAAACAGUAAGAAUGGUUAAUAAGGAGUUCAAAGCGAAUUUCGUUAAAAAAA